UGGAAUGUUAUGAGCUCCCAAUCCCAAACUGGACCAGGUGAGGUGGCGAAGGCGUGUGUGUGUGUUGUGCAGUCAUGUCCGGCAGCCUCCCAGCCUCCUCCUCUGUUUGCCAGUAAGGUAACUGGACAGAAACAGCACGGGCUCUCUGAUAUGGAAGAUGAUCCCAUUCUGCAAUAUACAAAUUAUUCCAUCGCCUUCAAUGUGUCAGGCUGGAAGAUUCCGGAGUUUGGAAAUCCGUGCCCGACCUCUGCGGCUCUCACUGGCUUCCUGGUGAGCUCCUACUGUGCCGUGCUGGCAGUUGGUUUAUUGGGAAACAUUUGCUUAAUUUGUGUGAUAGCGAAACAGGAGAAAAGGAAUGUGACCAACAUGCUCAUUGCCAACCUGUCCCUCUCUGACAUCAUCAUCUGUGUCUUCUGUCUCCCUUUUACAAUAGUCUAUACCCUAAUGGACUAUUGGAUCUUUGGUGAAGUCCUGUGUAAGGUGGUCCCCUUCAUCCAGUGUAUGUCAGUGACAGUGUCGAUUCUAUCCUUGGUCAUGAUUGCUUUAGAAAGACACCAACUCAUUAUAAACCCCACAGGUUGGAAACCGAGUGUGCAGCAAGCCUACCUGACAGUGCUGCUCAUCUGGACCCUGGCCGGCCUCAUUUCCUUGCCCUUUGUGGUUUUUCAUGUUUUAACAGAUGAACCGUUCGGGGAGCUUCCCGCCCCCGUUGCGCCGCUGGUUAACAAAGCCAUCUGCACGGAGUCAUGGCCCUCCAGAGAGCAGAAACUGAUCUACACCACAUGGCUCCUCGCCUUUCAGUACUGUGCGCCCCUGGCUUUUAUUGCAGUGUGCUACUGCAGGAUAUACAGGAGACUCAGGGCAAGGAGGGACCUGUUGGACAGAGCCAGUGAGGAUAACCGCACACUGACAAACAGCAGGAGGAUAACCCUGAUGCUUGGGUUCCUGGUUGUCGGGUUUGGCCUCUGUUGGUUACCUUUACAUGUAUUCAAUGCAAUCGCAGACUGGGAUCUGGAAGCAGUGAUGCAUUGUCACCACAAUCUCAUCUUUUCCCUGUGCCAUCUGGCAGGAAUGGCCUCCACUUGCAUCAACCCCGUCAUCUACGGCUUCCUGAACAAUAACUUCAAGAAGGAGCUGCGGGCCAUCAUCAUGCACUGUCAGUGGAGCAGGCAGCCAGAGGGCGAACACUUCCCAUUGUCCAACAUGAACUCAGAGCUUUCUAAGACGUCUCUGCGACUGAGUUGUAGGAAUAACGUGGGAUAAGGAACUGACAUUAUGCCGGUUAAAUGAGUGCAGAGCACACGCAGUGCCCGCUCAGCAAGAACACUUACAGACUUGGGAAUUUCAGACAAUGUCUUUAUCGUUGCUUCGGUUCAGUGUUAGAUUUGUGUAACUUCUUUAGUUUUAAAACUGUAGAAAUAUGUAAAAUUGAGCAUCACUCUCAUAGCCAUUGCAUUUCUAACACAAACUAGACAUCACUCCCGAGUUUUAGAUUAUAUCCUAACGUAAAUUAUGCACGCUCUCAAAUUUUAGAUUAUUGUCAUAAAAUAAACCAAUUACAACUUUGGUGUGUAUUCAUUAGGAUCAGUUACUAUAUAAAUUCCAUUUACUGAAAUGUGGCUCCAUUUAUAGCUGAACUCCUAUCAUGUUAGCUUUGAAACUCUUUCCCUUUUAUACAAUCGAUGUACGAUGGAUGGAGAUGCACAUAAGGAUUUACUGAAUGAAGACCGGAUGACUCACUCACUGGAAUGUUCUAUCAAUAGUUACUCUAUUCAUUGUAAAAUAAUUCGCUGUAUUUUAUAACGUUUUCACUGAGGAAAUGGUAACUUUAAA